UGUUGGCUUCCACUCCUUGCGCUUGAAGGAGAAGGUAGAAGGGAGCGGAAAAAGGGCAGGAGGGAGGGAAAGGAGAGAGAGAGGAAGCCCGGGCCGAAGGAGAGCUCUGGGUCUCCCCCUUCUCCUCCCCCCUCCCUCCCUGUUGUGCGCGUAUGUGUGUGUGUGUGUGUGCCUGUGCGUCGUCUCUGUGUGUGUCGACAGAGGCGCUGCUCCGGCUGGAAGGAAGGAGGGCGCAGACAGCCGUCAGAGGAAGGAGAAGGAGGCGCGGAGGGAACCGCAUUGGAGAGAGAGAGAGAGAGAGAGACGCAGACGCACACACACAUACACAACACACACAGACAGACAGGAGGCUUGGCUGGCGACACUCUGCCCCCGCCUGUCAUUCCUCGGUCCUUCCCUCCUCGCCGACUUCUUCUUGGGCACCGCGGCGUUUCCUCUCUCUCUCUCUUCUUCGUCUUUCCUUUCCCCCUUUUCCUUUCCUCCCUCCCCUUCCCCCUCAAAAAAAGAGGAGAUUGUGGGGGAGAACUUGGCACCGAGGAAACCUCGCUCUCGUCUUCUGUGCCGAGGAAAGGAAGGAAGGAAGGCAAGCCUUUCCAAGAAGAAGGGGGCUGCUGGCUUUGCACGGAAGGGCGAUGCUCCAGCUUUGGAGGAGGAGGAGGAGAAGCCCCCCAGUGUAGAAAAGCCCCCCCCUCCUCUCCUUGAUCACCAAAGCCAGGCACGGAUUUCUUUUUGGGCUGGAUGAGAAGAGACCUCGCGAUUGUGGCUGUGGAUUGGUCUUAAAGACUCGCUACAAAUAUAUACCUAUUUUGCCUCGCCCUCCUUUGAGCCAGGACCACAUUGCCUACAUCUCGAGAUUCCUUGGGAAGGAUUGUGCACUGAGGAUCCUCCGGAGCAGCGUGUGCCUUGCUGGAGAGGGAGACUUUCUUCUCCUCCUUUCCUGUGUUUCUUUUGCAGCCCCUUCUUUUCCUUCAGGGGCGGGGGAGGAGGAGGAGGGGGAGGAGGGAACUAAGCCACGCAACUCCUCCAUCCUCACUCACUUCAGAAGACGACUUGGCUCCAGGCUUGGGAGAAGAAGAGGAAGGAGAAGGAGGAGGAGAAGCACCCUUGGAAAUACACCUUUCUUUUCUUCCUUUUCUUCCAUCCAUCCGGAUUGUGUUUCUUUGGAGGAGAAGCGAGCGAGGGCAUGGUGUCUCUUGGCUCUGACUCGGUGUGUUGUGUUGCUCUUUGAAGAGGGAAGGGAAGGCGAAAGGAAGGCCUCCCCACGAACUCCCUCGCUCUCUCUUUCUCUCCUUCCGUGGAUGUAAAGGCGGCGGAUUCCUUUCCGAGGCCGAGGCGGCGGAGAGGGGCCUUUCCUGGGUCUCCCUCCCUAGUUUUUCCCUCCCUCCUUCCCCCCGUUUCUCGGCUCUCCCUCCGCGGCCCCAUCAUCAUUUCAGGCUGCUGGCCCUGGCUGCCUGGACUCGGGCCCCGGAUCCUUCAUGAGUUGCGGACGGCAUGCCCGCUGCUUAGCCGGGGAGCGCCCUUCUUCUCGUCCCGCAUGUUCAGGACCAAACGCUCGGUGCUCGUCCGGAGACUCUGGCGGAGCCGUGCCCCGGGAGCAGCGGCGGCGGCGGCCUCAGCAGCGGCGGGGGCUGGGGGAACCGGCCACGGAGGAGGAGGCGGCGGAGGCGGCAGCUCCAGCGGCGGAGGAGGCGACGAGGAAGGCGGCGGGGAGCUGGGCGAGGGCGCGCUGGAUCCCCGGGCGCAUGGCGGCGGCGGCGGAGGAGGAGGGAGCCGGGUUUGCUGCCUGGGCAAAGGCGGCGGCAAGGCCCCCAAGGGCCCCCACGCGGGCGGCUCGGAGGCGGAGCUGAAGGCGCUGACCCACGCCGUGCUCAAGCGGCUGAAGGAGAAGCAGCUGGAGGCGCUGCUCCAGGCCGUGGAGUCCCGCGGCGCCACCCGCACCGCCUGCCUCCUCCUGCCCGGCAAGGGCGACGCCAAGCUGGGGCCCCACUGGUACUCCCUCCCGCUCCUCCUCGGAAAGGUCUUCCGAUGGCCAGACCUGCGGCCCGGCGCCGAGCUCAAGCGCCUCCCCGCCUGCGAGUCCUACGGGAAGGCGCCCGGGCCCGAGCCCCUCUGCUGCAACCCCUUCCACCUCAGCAGGCUCUGCGAACUCGAGUCUCCCCCUCCUCCUUACUCCAGAUACCCAAUGGAUUUUCUCAAACCAACUGCAAGUUGUCCAGACUCUGUGCCUUCCUCCACCGAGACGGGAGGAACUAAUUAUCUUGCCCCUGGGGGGCUUUCAGAUUCCCAAGUUCUACAAGAACCAGGGGACCCAUCACACUGGUGUGUGGUGGCAUACUGGGAAGAAAAGACGCGCGUGGGUCGGCUGUAUUCUGUCCAAGAGCCUUCCCUGGAUAUCUUCUAUGAUCUACCUCAGGGGAAUGGCUUCUGCCUCGGACAGCUCAAUUCGGACAAUAAGAGCCAGCUGGUGCAGAAGGUCCGGAGCAAGAUCGGCUACGGCAUCCAGCUGACCAAGGAAGUCGACGGGGUGUGGGUUUACAAUCGAAGCAGUUACCCGAUUUUCAUCAAGUCGGCCACACUGGACAACCCCGACUCCAGGACGUUACUGGUUCAUAAAGUGUUCCCAGGCUUUUCCAUCAAAGCGUUUGACUAUGAGAAAGCGUACAGCUUGCAACGGCCGAACGACCACGAAUUCAUGCAGCAGCCGUGGACUGGUUUCACCGUUCAGAUCAGCUUUGUGAAAGGCUGGGGUCAGUGCUACACGAGACAGUUCAUCAGCAGCUGCCCCUGCUGGUUGGAGGUUAUUUUUAAUAACCGAUGACUCCAGAGACUCAGACCGGACUCAACGAGGACAUUUUAUAAUUACUUUGCUGCUAAAUAUCUCCUUCUGAGUGCUUGCUUUUUCAUGCAACCUUUUUGUCUGUCUGUCUGUUUGUUCUGUUUUGAGAAAUAGCUUAUGGGAAGAUUUCUCUCUCUUUCUCUCUGGUUUUUUUAAAAUUUUAUUUUGCUUUCUUUUGGCUCUUGUAUUUUGGAAAACAAAAAGAUUUAAGUGUGAAUGACCAAUAACUCAGAAGGGGAAAGGAAGGCACCUAGAAAAGCAGGUGGGGAGCAGGAGAGAAAUCACUAGGAGAUCAUCCUUUCUCCUCCUUUAAGUUAUUACCCCAAACUGGUGGGUGGGAUGAGAUACAACUGUCUUUUUGCAUAGCUCCCUCUCUUGAAUUUAAGCAAUCCUGUGAUUUCUCUCCAAACUCCCCACCUUCAUAAACAUAUCCCAGUCCAGAGAACGUUGUUUGCUCCUGUGGAUAUUCAGUGUUCUUAGACUACACUGCAUAAUUCUGUGAAAGGAGGGGAUCUAUGUGUACAAAGAUCCAGGAUACUCAGAUCCAUUGUCUGCAUUGAAGUUAAUCAGAAGUGGUCACCGAAAAAAGCAGAUGGCUGCUCCAAAUGUGCAUUGGAGCAGCCAUAUUUGCAGUGAAUGUCUGGAUAGAGAUGUCCUUUUUAACACGAAAAGCAAGAUCAGCUAUGUUGGCCACAAGAGAAAGUCCAAAACCCCUGGUAGGGUCAAUGCCUAUAUUAGGAUGAGCAGCAAGAAUGUAAGCUUUUAAGAUCAUUCAAAAACAUUGUAGGGAAAAAGGGAAGAAAUGUGCUCAAAGCCGUGGUCUUAAUGAUCUGGAAUCCAUUUCCCUCAAAUCUGGUGCUAGGUCAUUCUGAUCUAUAAGUCUUUAUAAUAUGAUUUGAAUUGUCUAGAACCUUUCAUAGGUCAUUUGAUCACUUGUGUGUGGUUUGAAUGAACUAGAACCCAUAUCCCUCAAAUCUGGCAAUAGGUCAUUUGGAUCACAGAAUGUUUUACAUACACAUAGCCGGGGUGAUCUAGAACCCAUCUUCCUCAAACCUGGUGCUAGAUCAUUCAGAUCACACAGCGCUUUAAGUACAAGUCUUCCUUGAACCUGGUGCUAAAUUACUCACAUGGAACUGACUUCUGUGAGGUGCCUUCCUUCUAAAUCCUACUUUGCUGCAGGUUUUGUCCUAUGGCAGCUCAUUCCAUCAGCUCUUGCUUAUGAAGGGAUCCGACCCUGUCAUGGUGACGGAAAGCCCAUGUGGCACAAAAAUCCAAUGUACACAAGACGUGUGCCUACAUACGCAUGGUCAGCUUACGGAGCAGAUGCAGCAGAAUGAAAUACUGGCCAACCUUUUCUAAUCUUUUCCAUUUCCUUCUUUCACUAUUUCUAGUCCCUCUCCAUUGCAGCUACUUUGCUGUUUGAAGACUUAUUGUGGAGGAGGCAGCAACAACAACAUGGGCUUGAAAGGGUGUGCCUGUGUUUCUGUUGCGCUUAAGAGAUCAUUUGUGAUGCUGGGGAAACAAUAAGGUGCAAGGCCCUGUGCUUUCUGAAUUGAUCUGCGAUGCAGACUUCUUGCUCCCUUCUUGGUUUCUUUUUUUCCCUCUAAAGGACGAAAAGGAUUUUCAGUAUUUAUCCCCCGCGUAACCUGUUCUGGUCGGGUUUAUGAUAGUACUGUUUGCAUCCAGAAACUGCAGUCAUUCAUUUAUUUCUUCUUGAAUUCAUACACUUAGUAUGAUAAUUUUACACUGUUCUUAGCUCAAUGAGCAUGUUUAGACCUUAACAUAAGCUAUUUUUCUAAAUAUUAAAAAAAAAAAGGUUUAAGUGAACAAAGAGGAGCAUUCUCGUUGGAAUUUUAGCAUUGAAGUGCUUUUUUGGGGGAAAUAACAACGACAGCAACAAAAAAAAAUAGAGAGAGAGAGACUUCUUUAAAAAAGAACCCUGAGAUUUAUUAAAAGAAAAAAUGUAUUUUAUGUUAUAUAUAAAUAUAUUAUUACUUGUAAAUACAAAGACGUUUUAUAAGCAUCAUUAUUUAUGUAUUGUGCAAUGUGUAUAAACAAGAAAAAAUAAGAAAAGAUGCACUUUGCUUUAAUAUAAAUGCAAAUAACAAAAUGCCAAAUUAAAAAAAAAGAUAAAAACAUAA